CUUUCUCCUACAACCCCUAAUUUCGGAUCUCAAUUUUGAUUUGUGUAUUGUAAACUCAUGACUACAGUAAGAUUUACUGUAACUUUCCGCUUCCCUGCAAGUCCAAGACUGGACUGCGAGAGCUAUGCUGGUCUGAAAGCUAGGACGGCGAGGGUUAGCUAUCCCCUAACCAUAGCCACUCGUCGACACCAUCUUGUCCAAAUAGCAAACGAAGAUCGGACUUUGGUGGUGAAUGCUGCAGCUGGGGAGAUACCUAACAAAAGGUACCCAGGAGAACCGAAGGGGUUUGUGGAGGAGAUGAGGUCCGUAGCGAUGAAAAUGCACCCGAGAACCCAGUCAAAAGAAGGAAAAAGAGAGUCCAAAGCUCCCCAAGACAGUCCUGUGGCGACGUGGGAGUUCACAGUGGAAGGGUACUUGAAGUUUCUCGUGGAAAAUAAACUUGUGUUCGACACUCUUGAAGGGAUUAUUCACGACUCUACCGUCCCAACUUAUGCUGCAUUCAAAAACACAGGAUUGGAAAGGGCAAAUAAUUUGGCCAAAGAUUUGGAAUGGUUCAAGGAACAAGGUUACGAGCUUCCUGAGCCAAAGGCUCACUGUGAAACAUAUUCUCUGUAUCUAAAGGAUAUAGCAGAGAAUGAUCCACCAGCAUUCAUCUGUCAUUUCUACAACAUCUACUUCGGACAUAGCGCUGGUGGUGGUCGAAUGAUUGGGUCAAAGGUAUCUGAGAGGAUACUCGACAAUAAAAAACUCGAAUUCUAUAAAUGGGACGGCAACAUUUCCGAAUUGUUGAAGAACCUGAGUGAAGAAUUAAACAAAGUCUCUGAGUUGUGGACGAGAGAAGAGAAGAAUCAUUGUUUAGAAGAGACAGAGAAAGCGUUCAAGUGUUAUGGGCACCUUCUUCGUUCCUUGGUGUCCCCUGAUUUGUAA